AUGGCGUUCGCCCGGGCCUCGCUGCGGCGUUUCAACGACGGCCCCGGAUCCUGUGAUGUCAAAUCUUCAGAUACAGCAAGAAUGUCCCUGGUUUCAGAGACGCGCAAACGGGUUAGACGGCAGACGAUUGAAACCAACCUGAAUAGUGAAAAGAAUAUGUCUACUCCUCUCACGGGAAGAAGACUUGCAUCUCUUGGAUCAAUACCAGCCAGUGGAAGUCUGAAGCCUAGAAGAGAUCACAUGCUUAUGAAAGAGAAAAAAAAGCAGAAGACACUGGAGAAGGAGAUCCGUGCAUUAGUGAGAGAGCGUGGGGAACAGGAUAAAAAACUUCAGGCUUUGGAUGAGGAUUUUGCCAAGACUGAAGCCAAGCUGACAGCUGCGGUGCAAGAGAAAACAUCCCUUUUGGCCAAUGUAGCAUGCCUGAAAAAGCAACUUCUUGAACUAACAAGAACCAAUGAAUUAUUGAAAUCAAAGCUGUCUGAGGAUGGCAUGCAGAAGAAAAUGAGCAGCCUGUGCUUGGAAUUAAUGAAGCUCAGAACCAAGAGAGAUGCCAAGGAAAAGACUGCUCUUGCAAAGCAGGAAGAUAUGGAAAUGAAGUUGCAGGAAGUACAAAGGAAUCUAGAGCACUCAAAAGGACAAGUAGCACAGUUAGAAGAAAAACUAUCUGCUACUGAAAGAGAAAAGGUUGAAGAGAAGUCUGACACCGAAAAGCUCUUGGAAUAUAUCACAGAGCUCAGUAGUGUUGCAGAAAAAGUAGAAAAAUACAAACUGGACCUUGCCCAGAUGGAAGAGAUGCUGAUCAAGAAAGAUCAAGACAUGGGAAUCUUGAAGGAUUCCUUUGAGAGGAAAGAAGAAGAGGCAUUUAAACUAAUAAAUGAACUUAAGGAAAGAUGUCAGCUACUUGAACAGGAAAAAGAGRAAGAGUCUUCUGAGAGCAGAGAGAAAUACCAGAGUAUGACUGCUGAAAUAGAAGAUCUGAAAAAAAAAUAUCUCCUAAAAGAGCAAGAGCUCCAAAACCUGCUUCAGAAACAAGAGGAUGUUCUCUCUCAGCUGCAGAAGGAAAAGGAAUCCUCUGCAUCGRUACGCCAGAAGUUACUGGAUCUUCAAGAAGAAGUAGCCAAGGAGAGGCUUUUCCUGGAAGAAGAGCUGAAAGGGGCAAUGGAUGAGCUGGACAAGUUGCAUGUGAAGGAGAAGAGAGCUGAGAAGCUGGUGAAGCGGUUGGAACAAGAAACCAAAUCUAAAGCCUCAGAGCUUGCUCAAAUGGAAGAGCAAUUGAAAAGGAAGAAUGCUGAUCUGGAGCAACUUGCAGAAACACACAGGAAUGCUAUCCUGCAAAUCCAUGAGGAGCACAGCCAUACACUGCGCAAACUUGGAGAGACUAUUGCUGAAUUUGAAAGCUACAAAAAAAACACAUCUGAAGAAAUAUCUGCUCUUAAACUGGAUAAGAUAUCACUGGAAAGAGAGGUUGCCAGUCAGAGAAAAGUAGGUCAAGAUACCUUACAGUUACUUCAGGAAGCAGAAUACACUAAAAGCAAAGCACAAGAAGAAUGUGCGAGGAUGCUUUUGGAAGCCCAGACCAAGCUGGCACUGAAAGAAGCCGAAAUAGAGAAAGCCAAGGAGUCUUACCUUGCAGAAAUGACUAAGCUUCAGGGAAAGCUGGAAGCACAAGCUCAAGACCUGGAAAGUCUUGAAGAGGAAAGGUCCAGGAAAAACACAAAUSAAGAUGUGAACUCUGACUUAAAAGAAGAGAUCAAGACCUGGCGUACUCUUUAUGAAGAUUUGCAUAAGAAAACUAAACCUUUUCAGCAACARCUUGAUGCUUUUGAAGCAGAGAAAAAUGCUCUCUUAAAUGAGCAUGGUGCAGCUCAAGAAGAACUGAAUAAACUGAGUGAUGCAUAUGCUAAACUGCUUGGCCACCAGAACCAGAAACAAAAAAUCAAGCAUGUUAUGAAGCUGAAGGAGGAAAACACACAUUUGAAACAGGAUGUCUCAAAACUACGUGCACUCCUAGCCAAAGAGAGGCAAACCAGCAGGGAUCUUCAAGAGCAGCUACAUGCAGUUCAGGGCAUUAGACGGUUUGAUCCCUCGAAAGCCUUCCAGCAUGAGAGCAAGGAAAAUAUUCCUCCCAAAACCCCUCUCAAAGAAGGUAACAGAAACAAAAGUUAGUCUCCUGGUUUUAAGGAAAGCCAAGGGAAGAAAUUCAUGUUGCAGUGAAGACUUCACAGGAUGCUGAAAGGUGAAGCUGACAGCUGUUUAUAAUACAAAUUAGAGUAGCAGCAAAAUGAUAUAGAGUGAUCUAUUUUUAAAAAGACGUUGCUUAAUAAUACUCUUAGUUGGAGCCUAUGGAUGACUAUGUUCCAGCCCUUUAUACAAUAACUGCAGUCAGAGACUAAGAAAUGGCCUGAGAUCCAUGUUCUCGUCUCCCUUAGUAAGRGAAGGAGAAAAACAACUGCUCUUUGUGGGGUGGGAGCUUGGCUGUGUUGUGGGUGCAUUUGUUGUGUAUGUUGGGAGUCUGGCAACCUAAAAGGAUCUGUUUAGCUGUUCUUCUAAGUACACUAUAGCAGAAUAAACUUGUUUUUAACUUAACUACURUGUGCCUACUU